AUGUUACGUAUUAACCAGACUCUGUUCACAAUGGCCAGCAAUCUCACCUUCCCGGGGCACCCGUCCAAUAUCUCACAGAUCCCCUCCGCGUUUGAGAUCCACGAUAACAGAUUCUUCAACAUCAUCGGCUCGGCUCCUAAGCUCGAGGCCCUUCUCAAGAACGAUGAUGUCCCUUUUGCGCACGAAGCGAGCGUCUUUAUCCCGUCUACUGACGAGUUAUUCUUAACCAGCAACAUCUUCACCGACCCGGUCACAAACCAUUCGACUAUUCAAAUCUCUAAAGUCAAGGUCAAUGCUCUGCCUGUUACCGGUGAAGUUAUCAAAACCACGAUUCCAAUGGCGAACGGAGCCGUAAACCAUGGCGACGGGAUCCUCUUCUGCGGUCAGGGAAACCAAACCGAGCCGAGCGGGUUAUACCAGAUGUCAAUCGACGCUCCUUAUGAGGCGGAAUUACUCGUCAGUGGCUUCUACGGUCGGCAAUUCAACUCGCCGAAUGACGUGGUCGUGCAUAGCGAUGGGUCGAUCUGGUUCACCGAUCCCAUCUACGGUUCUAAACAAGGAUUCCGUCCAAGGCCUCAGCUACCGAAUCAGGUCUAUCGUUUUGACCCUGUCACCCAGAAUGUGCGCGUUGUUGCUGAUGGAUUCGGUCGGCCGAAUGGUAUUGCGUUCUCGCCGGAUGAGAAGACGGUGUAUAUCACAGAUACAGCAUAUACUCUGGGUGAUGGGACCAAUGAUCCCACUGGUCCGUCCACCAUUUACGCUUUUGACGUCUCUAGUAUUAAUGGAGAACAGUUUCUCACCAAUCGUCGUGUUUUUGCGAUGGCUGAUACGGGUGUCCCUGAUGGUAUCAAGCUUGAUAUGGAUGGCAACGUGUACGCUGGCUGUGGAGAUGGUAUAAACGUCUGGUCGCCAGGUGGCGUCCUCUUGGGAAAGAUUCUUAUCAAAGAUGGAGCGGCAAACUUUUCCUUUGGUCAUAGCGGCCAGAUGUUUAUUCUUAACGAGAACACACUUUGGACUGCUCAGCUGAGCCGUUCGGUGAAAGGCGCACUACUGAGGAUCUGA